AUGGAGAAGUACGAAAAACUCGAGAAAGUGGGCGAAGGAACCUACGGAAAAGUCUACAAAGCCAUCGAGAAAUCCACCGGAAAACUCGUCGCACUCAAGAAAACCCGCCUCGAGAUCGACGAGGAAGGCAUCCCACCCACCGCCCUCCGCGAGAUCUCCCUCCUCCAGAUGCUCUCCACCUCCCUCUACAUCGUCCGCCUCCUCACCGUCGAGCACGUCCUCAAACCCCCCGCCAAGUCCAACCUCUACCUCGUCUUCGAGUACCUCGACACCGACCUCAAGAAGUUCGUCGACUCCUACCGCAAAUCGGCCAACCCCAGGCCUCUCGAAGGGGCAUUGAUCCAGAAACUGAUGUUCCAGCUUUGUAAAGGGGUCGCGCAUUGUCAUAGCCAUGGUGUGUUGCAUCGUGAUUUGAAGCCGCAGAAUCUGUUGCUGGUGAAGGAUAAGGAGUUGCUUAAGAUUGCGGAUUUGGGGCUGGGGAGGACUUUUACGGUGCCGUUGAAGUCUUAUACUCAUGAGAUUGUGACGCUUUGGUAUAGGGCGCCCGAGGUUUUGCUUGGUUCCACGCAUUAUUCUACGGGUGUUGAUAUGUGGUCUGUUGGUUGCAUCUUUGCUGAGAUGGUUAGGAGGCAAGCUCUGUUCCCUGGUGAUUCUGAGUUUCAGCAGUUGCUUCAUAUCUUCAAAUUGCUAGGAACACCAACUGAGCAGCAAUGGCCAGGUGUUUCAUCUCUGCGUGACUGGCAUGUCUACCCAAAGUGGGAGCCGCAAGACUUAGCACGUGCUGUUCCAUCUCUUUCGCCUCAAGGAGUUGAUCUUCUUACGAAAAUGCUCAAGUACAAUCCUGCUGAAAGAAUUGCAGCAAAAACAGCACUUGAUCACCCUUACUUUGAUAGCCUUGACAAAUCCCAGUUCUGA